UCUCUGGGAGCUCUGGCUUUGAGAAGAUCUAUAACCUUAUAGAAUCGAGUUGAUCUAACACAAUGUAUGAUAUAUCACUUAACUAUGAAUCCAUGCGAACUAAACCUUGGGGAAUUUUAAUCAAACAAGUUCGUCCCGAAAGAGGAACCCACAACUAACACGUUUUUCAACGCGCCGCUUCAUACGAUGCAACGCCCCUUUUGACCGGGUUUGCAUGAAACGGUCCCCUGUUCGAGUCCGGCGCACGCCAAUUUAAACCCGGGUUUGCCCUAUUUCUUGGAAAGAGCAAGCAAGAGCUUCGAUCAUGGCGUUGUUCUUCCAGCUUCUCUCCUUCCCUCUCCACUCCCCGUGAGAAUCUCUGCUGUGCCUUGUCGCGAUCGCUCGCAUUUCAAUCGCUCGCUCUAGAUUCUCUAGCUUCUUCCAUUUCAUGGACCCUGUGAUCUUGUGCUUCUUCCAGAGAUCUUGGCUGCUGUGGUCGCUCCGGAUCCUGUCGGUGCUUCUCUGGUUUGGCGGCCUCCUCAAGGUGCCUGGGGUCGAUUCACGCGCGUUCUAGCACGGCCUCCGAUUUCCCGCAAGGAAUCGAGAGGAAAUCGUGCCGAAUCGAGAGGGAAGGGUAAGAGGAGCCGCGAUGGCGACGAAAUAUUUCUAGGGGGAGGAGCAGGAUCGAUAUUUCUCUCCAGGGAGAGGAUGAAGAUGCUCAAGAAGAUCAAGCUCAAGGCGCUACUCUUCCGGCGGCAUUAUCACUCGCGCUACCACAAGCUCCACCAGGACGAUCAUCACCAUCACCACACCAAUCUCUUGAAGCGGCUGUGCCACAAAUUCGAGCGCCUCUCUUGCGCAAUGGCGUCGUCCAGGAGCUGCGCCUUGCCCUCCCCUGCGUCGCCGAAGAACAGGAAGAUUAUCGCCAGGAGAUCGCCUCCUUCGAUCCCGCGCGACGUCCACCGAGGAUCUUGCGCGGUCUACGUCGGCCCGGAGCACAAGCGCUUCGUCCUCAAGACGCGCUACCUCCAGCAUCCAGUGUUUGGGGCGCUGCUCCAGCAAUCCGAGGAAGAAUUUGGCUACGCUUACAGCGGCGGGCUUCUCAUCCCCUGCCCGGUCGCGCUGUUCGAGUACCUCCUCCGCCUCCUCCAGCGCAAUGAUCCGUGGAUCCAGAGCAAGGAAGCGACUGAGCUCAUUCUUCAUGGAAAGACACUGUAAAUACAUCGCAGCCAUACAAUUGGCGAUACUAGUCCCACGCGGUGAAAUCUCCACCGUCUAAACUAGGGUUCUUGGGCA